CAUUGAGCCCAGCAUUUUGCCUUUAAGAGCAUAACCUUUAUUAGAGGAUGGACCAACAGCAGCCAAAACUGAUUGCCUAGCCAUGGGCGUAGCAAGUGGAAAUCCCCAUAACCUUUGAUAUGAGGUAGUGAAUUUAUAGGACCAGAGAAUGCUUUGGCUCAGAUCCGGGAGAAGUCUUUAUGUGCUGGCUUUUCACUGAGCUGUGUAUUAGUCCAUAAUAUGGUAAAUCAUUAUCUUUCAGUGAGAUACGUGUGCUUUGCUGAGGGAUGAGUUAGGUAAGAACUGGGAUGGAUGUGUUAUGGGUAGGAGAUUCGUUCUUGGAGUGGGCAGUGGGCCCUUUCUGCCCACUUUCAGGUUUGUUUGGUUCCUCUGGGAGGGUGAAAGGUGCUGCUGCCUGCUGUGUGCUCAUUGUAUAGGCUGUUUGUUUUUAGCAGGAAAAAAAAGAACAGCUUAGGAGCAGAGCAGCCAAACUGCAGCAGGAGAGCAAGGGGUGGCCACUGUGCUGCACCCUGGGCACAGGAGGGAACCAGGCAGUGUCCCUCCUGCCUUCCUGAGGAACCUCUGCCCCGCCUGCAGGGUCGUCCCCAGCAUGGAGGGCUUGUGGCUCUCAGAGAGGGGCUGCAUGGCUGGGCUGUGCCUCAGGAGCUUGUGGCAAUGCUCAGAGUCAGUGCUGUGAUCUUGGCUGCCCUGGGCUUUGUCUAGCACUGGCUGCUUUCAGUAAGGUCACCAGAUUUCCGUCUUAAUUUUCCUUUUCCGUGGGCUGUAGAUAUUAAAGGCUGACCUUUAGCUUUACAUUUUUGUUAAUGAAAUUAUACAGAAGUUUCACCACAUCUGAGCUUAAAAUGCAGCUGAAUUUCCGUUUUCCUGUCAUCACUGAUUCCAAAUGCUGUCAGUUUGAUGUGUGCUCAGAUUGUGCCACUAGACCAGGAACUUUGAAUGGAUGCUGUGUUUCAACCAACAUCUUUUGCCGCAUUAGAAAAGGUAAUUCAGUACAAAGCAGUCAUGUGGUCAUCAACAUGCAUCCUUCACAGUCUGAUUAGCCCAUUAGACAUGUCCAUAACCUUAUUAGGGUUGGCAUCACGCUAUCCGGUUCUGUGCCAGAAACUGCAUCAGGUCUUUCCUUUGUGGUCACAUCUUCAGUCCUCAUGGGAGAUCUGGCAGUGCUUAGGUUGGUUGUUGGCCUUCAUGCACCCCAGUAAAUUAUGCAGCUGCGUGCAGAAAACUUUGCUGUUACUGACAGCUGUAAGGAUGAAAUGGGGAGGACAGGGGCCUAGAUUCCCCCAGAAUUUGAGCUUGGAAGGUGUGAAGCACUGGGGUGCAGCCCAGAUUCAAGCAGAGUGUCCUUGUGGUACAGGGCAGCUCCAGCCCAGGGCCCAGUGGGGGCUAAAAUGCCCAGUGCUGGGCAGGAUGUGGCCUGUGUGUGCCUGACCUCAGUAAUUUUUCCUUCUUGUUUGCUGCCCUCACCAUCCUCACUCAGGGAUGGUUCAAGGAGCAGAGGGGGCUGGAGAAGGCAGCAUCUGACGAGCUCGCCCUGAUGUUGGUGCUGGCUCUGUCCAUCUGGGUUGUGCCUAUCACCAUUGACUGAGAGCUACUGCAGAGCAAAUUGGGGGUAGAUCAUUGUUCUCCAUGCGUCAAAUUUCCUCAGUGUUAAUGUUAGCAGUUGCUUGUGUGUGUAAUCAAAGCAAGGUUCUGCAGUCUCCUGCAAACCCGCACCUUCUGGCAGUGUUUUUUCAUAGGCCCCCGAUUGAAGCACAGUGCAUCGACACUGGAAACAUCUCACCUUAAAAUGGCUGACAGCUCACACAUUGGUGCUUUCAGCUCAUGCUCUCGCGUUUCUUGCUUUUUGUUUUCCUUGUGAUGACUGUGCUUAGAUUGUCAGAACUCCAUAUGCACAUUUCAGGUGCCUGGGUGACAGAAGGCUGAAAGCAGUGUGGAUAGAAUACCUGCAGGUCUGGGGUCUGGCAGACUGAUGCUGCAGGAAGGAAUGUAAAUCUGCAAAGUGUGAUGGCAGACCCAAGCCAGGGCAGCCUGGCCAGCCAUCCAUAUCCAGAUGGCAAAAACCUGGUGUGAGCAAGCUCUGUGGCAGGCUGCUCCUUCUCUUUAGAAGAAAGUAGGUGUCAUUCAGCAGUGUGCUGCCCACCAACUGGGCGCUGUUACCUGUCUGUCCCAAAGCCCUUGGGGUGCAUUACUGGAGCACUGGUCACAGGGCGAUGCUCAAAGCCCUCUGGUUUCAGCUGUGUAGCAGUUGUUUUCCAGAGUCAUGGUCUGUACUCAAACCCCAUCAUAGGUUGCUGAACUCACACCCCUUUGACCUGUGCUACAGAAGAGCUUGCUGCCUGACAGUGUCCCCUCUUGCUCAGGGAUACUGGACAGCUCUGCAUUUGCACAAGCAGCUCAUCUGUGUUGCAGUGUGUGCAGCUCUUCUUGCAUCCUCCUAACCAGAAUGCUUCUCCAGCCACUUGUGGAGAAUCUGACCUUGCAUUUUCUCUCUCAGGUCUCUGAUGAACUGGUUGAGAGCUUGAGCAAGCAAGGGCUGUGGAGGUAGUUAGGGACUGGCACUUGUUUUUCAUGAACUUAAAAAAGUCCUGUGGGUUUUACUUUUCCCCCAUCUACACCCCUUUCCUUAACUUUCUUUUAACUUACACAUAGCAAAACAACACCAAGUCUAUUCUCAUUAAAAUGAGAAUUACCAGCAGCAGUUGUUGUUUUGUUUUUUAAGAAAAUUAAUAUCAAUCAUGAGGAGAGGGAGAGAAAAAACAUGGAAAGACUUGUUCUCACUGACAAGCUUGUUUUGACAGGCGUCCUUCAGUCAGCAUGAUGAUUUUGUACCUCCAUCCAACACAUGCACUCACUCUUGCUGGGCUGUGCAUCCGAUGGCUGUCUCACCUCUCAGCCCCUUUCUGCGGGAUGCCCCAGCUGCAAGACAGGUGCAACUCUCUGCACUGAACAGAGCAAAACUCACUGGAAGUUAAAGCUAAGCAGUAGGAUAUCUGCAAGUACCAUCUCUGGUGACGUUUGCAUUGGUCCCAGGUGUGUGCAUUACGGGCACCUUUUGGCUUUUGUGCUCCUCCAUGAUUGCUCUCUGGGCAUUCUCCUUUAACAGACCUGGGUAUCCGAUCCUGCCUUCCAGCCAUGAUCCUUUUGAUGUGCUCUGCUCAGCAUAGGUUUUGCUUUCCCCCAGGAGCAGCACCAACUCUGUGGGCAACCAUGGUACUGCAUCACCCAGCCAGGCUGUGAGCACAGGAGGCAUCUGAAAGCACCAAGAAAUAAGGCAGGUUGCUAAUCCUGGGAGGAUUUAGUAAAAACACUUAUCUGAGAAGCUAAGUGCAAGUUCACUGGCCUGCCAGAGAAAUAAUCCAGUGGAAUCAGAGGUUCUCAAUUAUUCAUGUUUUCCAGAAUCACAUUAUUUAUUCCAGGGGCUGUUUUAUAAAUGCUGCUGCUAUUUCUGAUAGUAAAUAACAAUUUUGCAUUAUUUAUGAACAGAUUUUUACAACUGCUGAUAUUACAGCUGCUGCCAAAGCUCUGGGAAAAUUAUUAUUGCUGUUUGUUGUUGUUUGUUGCUUCCUUCUUACAAUGCAGCCCUGUUGUUCUUUACAUGAUGAUGCGGCCGUCACGGUGAGACGAGAAGCUGGGUGUGAAUGCAGGCAGUGACUCACGUUAGCAGUGAGCUUGUGGUGGUGCUUGGGGCUGAGAGGAGUGGGGAAAGAACCCCAGGUCUUGGUUAAAUUUGAAGAUGAGGGAUGCUUGGAAGGAAAGCAGGAUGUCUGGGUAGCACAGAGAUGCCUGCUCAAUUGACAGGCAGGUCCUAGAGUAUCUCCAUCAUCCAACAUGGCCCAGCAGUGAGCUAACUUGAAAUGCAAGUGCAAGAGGAGUGAGCUCCUAGCUGACAGUUUAAAGAUGAUCUCUGUCCUUGGAUGGCUUUGUGCUCAUGGGUUUGUGGAACUGGAUGUGAGCAGGGGCAGGUAUCUGCUUGCACUCCUAAGGCAGGAUGUUCUCUAGGGACUGUUGGCACUGCUUCUGCUCAUCAUUUAUUUCAGAUGAUGCCCCACAGAGAAAGAAAAUACCCUGCACCUAUCUGUCAUGGUUGCACUCCUGAAGAUAUGCUUCUUUGUUGUUCCCUCCAAUAUGGAGGGGAGUUAGUGGAGAGGAUCUAAGAGAGGAUCUAAGACAGGUUUGCUGAUGAGACAUUUGCAUUUGCAAGUAUGUUCAGUUGGAACUCCCUCUGUCCCAGCUUCAGCCCAGCUGGGAAGAGUGUGGAGGAGAGGGAGAAGGGCUGUCCAUGUGGAAUACUGCAGGGUAGCCAGGAUAGAGACACGUGGCCAGUGCUCGUGCUGUCACAGCAUACUGCAGUGCUGGAAGCCUUCAGAAUGGUUUGUUUGUUGUUGGUUCUGCUGCCCCUAUGCAUUAGGGAGCAAGGUGAAGUGUCAGCGGGCAGUUACUGCAAGAGCCAUGGACUGCAGGUGGCUGUGAGCUGCUGCAUCUGGCUGUCGCUCGUUUCGGUCUUGUGUCUCAGUACAGGGCUGUGACUGCAGAGAAAGCAGUGAGGAGCUGUGUGCGGUCUCUGCCUGGAUACGUUGCCUCUGGAUGCAUCCUGGGAGCCAGCAGGGUAAGGAGAUCUUUUCCAUCGUGGUGUUCGGCUCCAUUGUGAACGAGUGCUAUGUGAACAAGGAUGGCACAGACCCUGAGCUACAUUGCAUCUUCAAUGAGAAUGAGAGUGCCUGCAGCUAUGGCAUUGCCAUUGGCAUUAUUGCCUUCUUCGGAUGCAUCUUCUUCCUUGUUGUGGACCUCCAGUUCCAGCAGAUCAGUAGCGUGAAGGACCGCAAACGAGCUGUCCUGCUGGACCUGGGCUUUUCAGGUUUCUUGUCCUUCCUUUGGUUUGUAGCCUUCUGCUUCCUAGCAAACCAGUGGCAGCGGACAACAAUGAGCAAAGGGGCUUCGCAAGGAGCAGAUGCUGCCCGGGCAUCAAUUGCCUUCUCCUUCUUCUCCAUCAUCGUCUGGGUCGCACUGGCACUGAAGGCCCUGCAGCGGUACCGCCUGGGCACCGACAUGUCGCUCUUUGCCACCGACCAGUUUGCCACCGACCCCAAUGCUGCGUAUCCCGGGUACCCCACUGGCAGUGGCAUUGAGAGCACAGAGACCUACCAGAGUCCCCCGUUCACCGAGACCUCGGACGCCAACCCGAAAGGUUACCAAGUGCCAGCAUACUGAGGGAGGAGGGCGUGCGGCCGUGUACAAAUAGACCGAGUCCUAUGGUGCAGUACAGUUAACCGGUUGAUUGCAAAUGUAUUCAGUACCAUUUCCUUAAUGUGGCAAGUCAGUGCUGGGUUCCUUACUAUUAGCUAGUUGUGCAGUGAAUUCUGUACAGUGGUAUUGGUUCUUGUCUUACCUGUCCAAGGGUUUUAUAAAAGCAGUGUUCCCUCUAAGUCGGAAGAAAGAAGGUCGCUACUCCAUGUGGCAGAAGAUAAGUCAGUACCUUCUUCGAGGCUUGUUUUAGCACCACUGGGCACUAGGUGCCACAGAGUGCCUGGGAAAGCCAAAAAUACCUUUUCCUGCUAGAAAACAAGGUAGCUGAUGAGUUGUUCAUCUCGUUCUUCCAGAGCUAACACAGAUGUGGCCUCAUUGCAGUGAGGGGGGCUGCAGCUGGGGCGGUUGGUCCUGGCCUAGUCCCACUCCUGAUAGAGCUUUCAUGUACAGCACAGAGAGCAGAGGCCAUGGGAAUUGCCAAAUUUACAAAGAAACAAGUGGUGUCUGUGUUACUUUUAUUUGUAUAUAUUUAUUGUACAAAAAACCACGACCAAACGGGUGUUUCAAACAUAGUUCAGGGUGCGGGGGGACAUGGGGGCACAGAAGUUUGGGUUUUAUCUUGAAUAUCCAAAUAGCUUCUGUGCUUCCAUGCAGUUUUGGUUGAGGAUACAGAAAGUUGUGUUUGAAACUUGCUUUGGAAAAGAAUUUAGCAAUAGUUGUCUGCUAAUUAGAAGUAGGCUUUUAUCAGUGGAAAAUAUGGCGUGUUACAGUUCCACUUCAUUGUGGGGUUGUUGAAGUUUGCCAAUUUCCGAACAGUUCUGAUUGGCAACACUGAACUCUUGCUCACCCUCAGACCCAGAGCUGCCAACACAAAAGGUGUGGGUGCCUCAGUGACUCAAAUUCUAAGUCAAUUAGGAAGCAGAUUGUAACUUGUGUUUUUCUACUGGGAGCAGCCACCAUCUGUCGUAAUUGCAGCAAAAUCCUCAGGUGUAAAUGUGUGUGUUGCACUGCAGUCCCUGGUGAUGCAGAAUUCAAAGCAAGCACCGAAAGGACUCGGUGGGCUUUGAAGUCUGUUGUGGGGGUGCAUGUGGCACACAUUUGCCCAUCGUGGGAGAAUAGAGUGGAUGAUAAACGCCUGAGGACGAGGCUGUUUGGUUUCCAGCAGCAGAAUUACAACCUUAUUAAUACCAAGUCAAUCUGAAAAGUGCAGCAGAUGCUCAUCAGCGUCUGAAGUGCUGGGUGUGCAGUGGCUGUGAGCAGAGCUGGGUGCUGCUGAGGACAGAGCACGGUGGCUGAGCAGUGGGUCAGUCUGUGGCAAAGUCCUCCCGGCCCCCCUCCUCACCUGGCUGCAGGGAUCCUUCGCUGCACUGUUGUUGCUGGCAGAGCUGUGUGUUGCCUUCUGACCUCACAAGCAAUAGAUAAAUGACUGCCCCAGCUGUUCUUGUAGCAAAAAAAUCCAGCAGUUUUUUGUCAUCAUCAUUAGCACAGCUCAUUUCUGCUGCUAAAUAGCAAAUAAAUGCAUUAAUUAAUAAGCAGCAAACCUCGUCACAGGCAGUCGUUAUCGGUGACAAAAUGCAUAACUUGAAUACCCCACUAUUCAGGUCAGAUUAAAACUUGCAUUUACGAUGAGCGUUGGCUUUCCUGGAUCAGGAUCUGCCUGGCAGCACCCAGUGCUGAUGGAGCUGUGCGGGCAUUUCCCAGCUCAGACACUUUUCCUGCAGAGCCCAACCCUCCGUGUGUGGUGACAAAGGGACCUGGCAUCCCUUACAGCUUUUCCUUACAGUGACAACUCCACAGCAUCUCCCCAGUACCUUUGCCAUCCACUCUGAAGUGAACUUAGUAUUAGGAAGCGCUCAGCCCCGCUGCCAGCAUAGCUGCUCCCUGCAGCAACAGGAGGAUGCUGCACUGCUGAUGGAGGAGGCACCUGGAGCUGAUGCAAGAAGCAAGAAAGGUGCCCUGGGGGCGUCUGCUAUCAGCCUGUGCUGAUUGAGGUAGGUGAGCAGUGAGAAAUUUGUGCACUGAGUGGGGACACCCAAACCCCAGUAGAGUAUAAGCCUAAGUUUAAUUCUCUAACCCUUGUGAUUUUUCUAGAGCCAGUCUUGAUGAAAAUAAAAGGGCAAAAGAUUUUAAUACAGGGUACAGUAGAACUGUAGCAAUAUUUUCCUUAGAGGGAACACUGAAAUUUUAGCAGCACAAACAGUACUUGUGUUAAUAUUUUAGUAAAAUUAUAAUCAAUUUAAAUGUUUAAAUUGAUUGUAUGUGAGAUAAUGUUUGUUCGGUACAUUGUAUCUUUUCUAACUAUAUAACUGUUCCAGAGUUUCCUUGUAACCGUAAAGAACUAAAGUUCUGUCUGACUGCGAGAAGUGUCCUGGUCAGUGGUGUAAACGUGCUGAAUAUUACAACAUCUGAAUGUACGCACCCCAGGCCUACAUUGCAUUUCUUUUCUUUCCACCCCUCCCACCCGUGGCUGUGGGACAUGGAUGCACAUCCCCACGCCGUCCCUGACCUGAGAGCAGCCACUACGGCGUGGGGGCAGCAGCACAACUGUGACUUCAUCCCCAGGCCGGGCAGCGUCGUUCUUCUCAAGGUCAGCUUCUUCUUGCAGUCACUCCUCCCCAGAAUGUGUUAUUAUGUUUAAAUUCUGCUUGGCGCUGUGCGUGAGAACCUGGAUGUGCUGCACUCAGCAGGAGAGGAAGGGGCUUUGGUGCCUGGGUUUCCUGGCAGGGGUGAGGCAGAGCAGGAGCUGCUCCAUGGCCGUGGGCUGGCUACUGCCAGAGAAACCUCCCCCUGCUCCGGGUGCUGCUGGGGCAGCAGGAGCCAGCAGACAUCCCUCAGUUGGUGCAGUUUUUGCAGGUCAGCACAGUCAUUCCUCAGUCUACAUCAGGGUGGGAAAAAAUGUAAUUAAGGUGGCACUGCGACACCUAAGAUACUCAUGCCUUGGAAACAGCAGUCAGCCACCUGGAAAGAAAAACAUUUCCUGGUUUGUUGGCGACUGUUGCUCAGCUCCUGUGUAAUUCCUCAUCCCCCAGGCUGGUAGCACAAGGCCCUGCUGAAUUAAAACCUUAAUUAAGGAAGCGUGAGACAUCAGCCCUCUCCCUGGCCAUGAUGACUCAUGCCUACCCUUUGCACAGCGUCCUGUUUCCAAGCACUUUGCAAGGCCCUGCAGCGCUCCCACUGUCUGCUCUGUGUUACCAGUGCUGUCUGUUAACUGUUACAGCAUCUUCAUGAUGGGUCAGUCAGACUGUGUGUGCAGGUAUGGGCUGUAACAGCAGAAUUAUUGGAUCCCUGCAGUAUCUCAUUCGAGGUUCAGACUGUCUUAGCAUCACUUUCAUACUUCUUUCACCCACUUUUUUUCUCUCUGUAAGUUCACUGUGGUACAGUGGACAGUAGCUGCUUUCCUUGUAACCCUGCAGACCAGCCCUUACAGCCAUGCCAGCAUUUUGCUGCAAAUCCAUGCCCUGCUGGCUGCUAGCCCCAUGCUGCUCUCAGAAGCCAUUGUAGAGUCCUCCAGAAAUCUUGCAGCUGACCAGGCUGCCCUCAGCCUCACAUGCUGACAGCUCCUGUGUAGUGUCAGGGCUGAAUUUCAGCAUAAAGAGUAGACUAUGAGCAAGCCUGUACCUUUUCUUCCUGGAGAUUUAUUCUACCAGAUCCUUGUGCUCAAUGAGGCUCUGUUGGGACAACACAGGCAUUUCUCAGCAUUGAAAUUAAACCACAUUAUGGGUAGGUAGGUUUGUUUGUUUGUUUUUGCAUGAACUUAUACUUUAAACCCAUUAGAAAAGGAUUUGAAAUAAAGACAUUAAUUGGAAAUUGCUCCCGGCAUCGUAAGCUAUUCCGAGCAAGGUAGAAGUUUUGUUUAACCAACGCUCAGCAAAAUCAUCUCCCCAACAAUGUGCUUCACCAUCUCCUGCAGUUUAACCAUGUCCAUGAGCAGUUGGAUUUCACUUGCUGUUUUGGUGAGGCACUUUGUAAGAUGAGUUUCCCUUUGGGCAAUCUGCAGGUAGCAGCACAGCACUGCUGAGUUCAUGCUACAACGGUGACAGCUCUGGCAUCUCUGCUUUUUCCAUCGGCUGCUCUUUACUGGGGGAUAUCAGUCCCCUUCCCUCUCCUCCACAGCACUGUCCCAUUCCCCAAACUCACAUCUACUGCCCUUCUGCCUGCUGCAGCCAUGAGAGCAGUUGAAUAGAAUUAAGCCAACUACGAUCAUUGUCUAUUCAUUAGUAAAAGUGUAAAAUCAAUAUUCCUCUCUCUAAAAGCUGUGUAAUAUUUGCAGACUUCCUUUCAGCCUUCUUUGUCUUCCUGGGGAGAGCAGACAAGUCGAGUUCCACUCUGUUUUAUUCAUAAUGCUACUCUAGAUUGCAUUUAGAAGCUGUGUGUCAACCUCCUACCACCCGUGAGGCUCAGACAUGGCCUUCGCUGUACCAACUUGAAACCCAAGUUCAGCUGCCUGUAUUUUGUUGCAAUAUGCAUUUAAACCUCAGAUUCUUUAUAAGUUUUAAUAACAACCAGAUACCAAAUGUGGUUUGCAAAUUUAAGUUCUUUUGCAGAUACCUCUGUAUGAGCAGACCGCUUCCACGAGUUGCAGUUGUCACUAACCUUACGUGGAUUGUAGUAUAAAGUGGACUGUGUAUGGAAAUAAGUUAAAAAUGUUUACAACUUUUGUAUAUAUAUAUAUAAAUAUAUAUAAGAAAAUAUCUUUUGAGAGAGCAAUCUGUGAUGAUGUAUUUUCAGUGUCUGUGUACCAACUGCAACUUAUUUUCAAUAAAGAGUUUAAAAUGAA